CAGUUGAUCUUCCUCCAAACUUACCACAAGUUAAUGAAGCAGCCGUCAGGGCUGGGGAAUGAUGUCAUUAAGGGAAAGAACUGGAAGCAACAUUCUUUUUGGCCUUUUCUUUUUUUCUCUUGUUCAAUGAGUUUGUAAAUCCCAGCACAGUUCAUCUCAUCUUGAAUAGUCUCCUCCCCCCCCCCCCCCCCAAGUUCAAAGCUGGGAUUCAUUUGAGGAGGAGCUUUUACACUCGUGACAUCAUUUGUUAAUGUUGAGAAACAGAUUUGUUGUCCACUUCAAAGUCAAGACUAUAUAUAAACGGGCCACACUGAAGACAGAAGAGCUAACAUCACCAUGUCCCAACAACCGCAAGAAGAAGUGCAGCGUCCUGCGGUCAGCCAAGAAGAGCUGGCUGAGAUGAAGAAUAGACUUGGUGGCAGUGGACCAGCGAAGAGCAAAACUUUUGAAGUCAUGGAGGAGUGUGAGAAAAUGGGCAAAACGGCUCCAUCCGUGUUCAGUGGCGUGAGGUCAGGAGGAGAGACGGCUUUGAACACGCGCUCAGGUCGACCCGCCAGGAAGUAGACCAAGACCACCUUAGCACUUGUGGCUCAGUGUUUGGUGGGCAAGCAAGGUUCCCCCCCCCCCCCAAGUCCUUUUCAUAAAUAUUGACUUUCUUUUGUCUGUCACAAGUAAUUGAUUACAGUAGUUUGUUUUCAAAGCACCAAAACUGGUACUAUGCUAAAAGUGGAUUGUGCACAAAUUAUACUUUAAAGCUUUUAAAUAUAAGAAAAUGCUUGUUUUCCCCCAUAUAUACACACACAAUAGACAUGUAAAGCUAUUACCGUACAUAAAAAUGCUGACAGCAAAAUUGUCAUUCCUGUUGUUAAAUUGUUAAUUUCUUGCAUGGAUAUAAAAACCUAUGCAAAAAAUCAAAAAUCUAAACCAAAGUACGUAUAGGCAAAUAAUAGAUUUAUUCAAAAGUUCUGAGGAACUACGCUGUUAAUGGGAAAAAAACGUCAGUCAAGAUAGAAAUAAAACAAACAGAAUGGAUUAUUGAAAAGAA